AUGCUCCUGCUCUUACUCAACUCACUUAGGCACAAAGUCAUUCGGCUUGAUGUUUUUCAACAUCUAACUUUGAAAACUUUUGCAGUGCGAUCGCUGCGUGUGUUUGUCGAGCCUGCUGAUGUUGAAUUAGAUGACGACGACGGGUUACUCUGGACUUCGUUACAGACCGCUUUUCCAGGAUGCUCGGGUAUGUACUAUCGCGACCGCGAUGCUGAUUGUCGAAGUACGGUGAAAUUCGAUGGCAAGAAGUUCUUACCUCCCGGAGGAUCAUGGAACGAUCGACAAUAUUUCGUAACUUUGAGUCAACGCUGCCACGCUGGGAUGCAGGCAUUUGGAAGUUACGAAAACGCUUCAAAACAGUUCGAACGUUCAGUGAAUGCCGUGCAAAGAAUGCUUGGGAGCAGUCUGUUCGAUCUUCCUCAUAGAGCAAAGAAGUACUCAGCCAAGGCGUUACCUGAAAAGGAAGAAGAGCCAGCCGUUGCGCUGGAAGUGGUCGACCCAUUGAAGGCGAUUCGGGAGCGAGAGCAACAGCUACAACAAUGCGGCCGAGAGCUUACCCCAAUAGAGCAGCAGUUCGUUGAUCUGGCAAAAAUUUCGACGGCAAAGGAUGCGAUAAUUGACCAACAGCGGACGGAGAUGCGAAGGACAAACGAACUAUUGCAGAAGAGUGAAAUGUGCGUAGAUUCAGUGACCAUCAUCAUAAUCGCUUACUAG